AUGAAUGGAAAUGAAAAGCUUAAACCACUAGUGAUAGGCAAGAGUAAAAGGCCACGCUGUUUUAAAAACGUUAAAUCUCUGCCAGUUGAAUAUGAAGCAAAUUCAAAUGCAUGGAUGACUACAAUGAUUUGGGAACGGCAUAUCCACGCGAUCAAUUAUGUGCAUAGAAGUUGGAGCUCAGUUUCUACGCAAACUGUUUUUAAUUGCUUCAGACACGCGGGAUUUGUAGCCGAUGCAGAAUCCGAAGAUAUCCUCUGUGAAGAAGUCGACCCCGAGCUCUUAGAAAAUUUGCUGCAAGUUGUUAAUGAAAAAGGUUGCAGUGUCAAUGACGUAAAUGCAUUUGUCGAUAUUGACAAUGACAUCACUAUUUGUUCACAAGCGACUGUAAAAGAUUUAACUUCAGAAUUUUUAGAUGAAAAACAACACAGUUCCAGCAAGGAUAGUGAGAAUUCGUGUGGAAUUCCGCCCAGCAAGACUGAAACAUUAGAAGCCUUAGAGAAAAUUAGACGAUAUUUAACAUCAAUUGAAGGCACAACAGAGGAAGAUUUCAAGGCGCUGAUGAUAUUGGAAAAGAAGUUUAACAGCAAUCAACAAUUCCUGCAUCAAUCCACUAUGUUAAGCUAUUUUAAUGAUCAGAAAUAA